AUGUCAUAUCUUAAUGUUGCGAUAACAAGUUUUAUUGAACCACGCAGAAAUUUAAAAAUAAGCGAAGAACUUAUUGACUUGUCAUCAGAUGAAAAUCUACGAAUCAGAUUUCAACAAAAUGCAUGUGAUACAUUUUGGAUUUCCAUCAAAUCUGAAUAUCCAGAAUUAUCAAAACAAGCUAUAUCAAUUUUACUUCCUUUUGCAUCAACUUAUUUAUGCGAAACAGCAUUUUCAACACUAACGAUAAUUAAAAACAAAUAUCGCUCCAGAUUAAAUGUUGAAGCUGAUUUAAGAGUAGCAGUGUCAAAUAUCAAACCAAACAUAGAAUCAAUCAUGUCUACAAUGCAAGCUCAGGUCUCUCAUUAA